CGACCACGACUUCCAAUAGCUUCGACUCUCGCAUUACCCGCGCCACUAAUUUUACUAUCUCCGAUAAGCUGGGAACACUCUGGUUUCUCGGAAAACACUCGGGCUCUCGAACCUAACCUUCUGGAUGUGCUGUCUUGGUACUACCUUGAGAACGACAACACUAGUUGCCCGGCGCGUACAAGGUAAAAUGUCACUGAUGGCUAUGAUUUCUUAGAAACUGGCCAUUCCAUUGGCUCUAAAUCAUCUCCUGUUGGCUUGCAGGCUGCUUAUGAUCUGGGCUCUGUUCGCUGCCACGUCUAUUUUUUUCGGUAGCCUUGUUUCUAACUCUCGCGCGACUACAUCCCACCUGACAGAAGACAUUGAAAAAAAGCUAUAUCUCAUGACCUUCAUGUGCGAAAAAACGUCCGUCACUGCGCUGAUAACCACCGACCCUCGUAGUUUAGAUGCUGUGGUCCGCCGUAAUGUCCCUCUUCAAUCCUCCAUGUCUCUGGGAACUGCUAUCAUUACUGGUUCUGCCCAGGGAAUCGGGAAAGCUAUCGCCCUCAAGCUUGCUAGGAAUGGCUUCAAUAUUGCUCUCAACGAUCUUCCCUCGGAGAAGGCGAAGCUCGAAGAGGCCCUCAAGGAGAUCGUUGCUACUGGCGUUCAAUGCCGGAUGUAUAUGGCCGAUGUUUCGAAUGAGCAAGAAGUGAAAACAAUGAUUCUAGCAGUCGUGUCAGACUUUGGUGGGAUCGAUGUGAUGGUCGCCAACGCCGGUGUUGGACAUCCCCACCUGCUGGUCGACAUGCCCGUCGAGACUUGGGAUCACACAUUCGCUGUCAAUUCUCGUGGAGCUUUCCUAUGCUACAAACAUGCUGCAAUUCAGAUGAUUGCUCAAGGUCAUGGAGCUCUAUGGCCCACUGGUGCUGCGUAUGGAGCCAGUGCUGCUGCCGUGCGUGGGCUGACUCAAAGCGCAGCAUUAGAACUCGGAACACAUAAUAUAACUGUGAACGCUUAUGCUCCAUCUUACAUUGACACGCCCAUCACUCGCCAGAAGGUGAGGAAUUCAGACAAAGCUUUAGGUCUCUCGCCGGGGCAAUCUAAAACUGAUGAAAUAAUCGCGCGUAGCCCCCUUCCCCAGGGAAUAGGACAACCUGAAGACGUUGCCAGCGUUGUAGCAUUCUUGGCAUCGAAAGAAGCGCGCGUACAUACUACCGUUACCUUGCUUAAUUCGAGUUCCUUAGGCCAAUGCUUAUCCAUUAAUGAAUGACUUGCCAUGAUUUGAUUCGAUGAGGUCGUUUCUGUUUGAAGAAAAUGUACUAGUAGCUGUCAAUUGUAACUUUUUAAAAGAUUG